AUGAAGAUGAGCCAGAUAAGGGGGGGAGGUGGCCACUGCCCCUCCUCCCCUCCGCCCAUCUUCCCCUUCCUCUCCUCAUCUACCCUUCUUUUUCUCCCAUAUUUUCCUUUCCUCAUAUACCCUCUUCUCCUCCCAUUCCCCUCCCCAAAUAUGUUCCAAGUGACUGGUGUUGUCUUUGUCUCGGCGGCGGCGACAGUAGUGACGCUGGAUUGUGUUUCUCCUUGGGAGAAUUGUGAUACCUGGUGGCUGAUGUUUUGUCUCUGUUUAACGGCGACGACAGCAGCAACGCUGGUAGUAGUUGUUGGGAUGUGGUGCUCUUCUUUACUCUGGGCCGACUGA